AUGCCGCCUGUAGUCGUUCUUGACAACGGUGGUUCGACGAUCAAGGUAAAUACAGCUCAUGACACCCAACCAAGACUCGUACCCAACGCCAUUAUACGCGGCCGAAGCGAUCGACGCAAUUUCAUAGGCGAUCAGAUUGAGCAGUGUACCGACUUUUCCUCGCUAUACUAUCGACUACCAUUUGAGCGGGGUUAUCUUACCAAUUGGGGCGUAGAACGACCUAUUUGGAACCGUUUAUUUGGAAGCGUGUUAAACAUUGAUCCAAAAGACAGUGGCAUCUUGAUCACAGAACCUUGCUUCAACCUGUCAAACAUCCAAGAGGCUUAUGAUCAGGUGAUCUUUGAGGAUUAUGAAUUCGCAUCAUGUUAUCGUACUACUGCACCACAACUUUGUAUAUACAAUGACAUCUCGUCUAUUUUUGGUGAUCGCCCUGGAUCUAUUCCUGAUUGUGCGCUGGUCGUGGACUCGGGAUUUUCAUUUACACACAUUGUACCAUUCUGGAAGGGAAAACCAGUACGUCGUGCUAUCAGGAGGAUCAAUGUGGGUGGGAAGCUUUUGACCAACCAAUUGAAGGAAACAGUGUCUUUCAGAUACUAUGAUAUGAUGGAAGAAACCCACAUUAUCAACCAGGUCAAAGAAGAAUGCUGCUACAUGUCUCUGGAUGUUUACAAGGAUUUGGAUACAUGCCGUCAACCCUAUCAUGCCAACAAUGUCGUCCAAGAAUAUGUACUCCCCGAUUACAUCCAUACCAUGCGUGGUCACGUGCGGCCAAAGCAAGCUCGGCAAUCAUCGACUUUGAAAAGCGAUCCAUCUUCUGAGCAAAUCCUCACAAUGAACAACGAGCGAUUCAUGAUUCCCGAGCUUCUCAUGCAUCCAUCCGAUAUUGGAAUUCAGCAAGCUGGUAUACCCGAAGCAAUAACACAAAGCAUCAAUGCUUGUGAUGCCGAACUUCAUGGAUUGCUGUACGCCAACAUCAUCCUCGUAGGCGGAAAUACCAAUAUACCAGGAUAUCGUGAGCGAAUCAUGCAAGAUCUCCGAACAAUGGCACCAAGCACAUACGAGCUUCGAAUAGCACAACCCGAAAAUCCUGUCGAAUACGCGUGGCACGGUGGACAAAACUUUGUGGCAUUGAGUAGUCGAUCCGAUUUACAAAGGACGUUUGUUAGUCGUAAAGAAUACUUUGAAUAUGGGAGUGAAAUCUGUAGACGCAAAUUUGCAUAG